CAGGCGCAGUGCGCCUCUCCGGCCGCUCUAGACAUGGCGGCUCCGCUAGGCGGUAUGUUCUCCGGGCAGCUGCCGGGGCCCUCAGGUGCCCCGCCGGGACUUCCAGGCCAGGCGUCCCUUCUUCAAGCGACGCCUGGGGCCCCGAGAAGUUCCAACAGUACCUUGGUGGACGAGUUAGAGUCAUCAUUUGAGGCUUGCUUCGCUUCUCUUGUGAGUCAGGACUACGUUAAUGGCACUGAUCAGGAAGAAAUUCGAACUGGUGUUGAUCAGUGUAUCCAGAAGUUCCUGGAUAUUGCAAGACAGACAGAAUGUUUUUUUCUACAAAAAAGAUUGCAGUUGUCUGUCCAGAAACCAGAGCAAGUUAUCAAAGAGGAUGUCUCAGAACUAAGGAAUGAAUUGCAGCGGAAAGAUGCACUGGUCCAGAAGCAUCUGACAAAGCUGAGGCAUUGGCAGCAGGUGCUGGAGGAUAUCAAUGUGCAGCACAAAAAACCCGCAGAAAUCCCACAGGGCUCCUUGGCCUACCUCGAGCAGGCCUCUGCCAACAUCCCUGCGCCUCUGAAGCAGACGUGAGCCCCCAGGCCGGCAGCCGCCCCAGACAUGGCUCUGCCCAACAUCUGCUCUGUGGACCUGCAU